GUCUCUAUGAACAAGUGUUGGCUCAAAAGUACCCCUCCCGCAAAACCUUUGAUAAGAUAAACGUAUUCUACCCCACUAAAAUUUUCCUCUUGCUCUGCCGCGUGCAUGGUUUGGUGUGGUGGUGGUGCUGCACUCUGAUACCAAAUUCCACCUUGACAGCUUUUUUGGGCUCUUGAUUCGAGAAUUCCAUUUCCUGCCCUCAUCCAUCAAUUGAACGUCGAGAACUUGCCCCUUACCAAACCAACCUCUGUCCGUCAAGCGCAACUGCUUGACCAAACCAGCCGAAAAUGGGCAAAGGAAAGUGGAUCGACAAAAAAACAGCCACCCACUUCACCCUCGUCUACCGCCCCCAGAACGACCCCCUCAUCCACGAUGACACAGCCCCCUCCAUGGUCCUCGCCCCCAGCGCGCCCUCCAAAAAUUCAAAAUCCAAAGGCCUAAGCGACCUCGCCUCGGAACUCGGCUCCGACGCCGCCUCGAUCCGCGACAACGAGGGCGAGGCCGCCAACUACGGCGUCUACUACGAUGACACCGAGUACGACUACAUGCAGCACCUCCGCGACCUCGGCACCGGCGCCGGGGAGGCCGUCUUUGUCGAGGCGCCCUCCUUGCAAAAGUCCAAGGGAAAACAAAAGAUGAACUUGUCGGAGGCGCUGGCAAAGAUGGACUUGGAGCACAAGAGCGAGGGGUUGUUGGAUGAGGAGAUAUUGCCGAGCAAGAAUUUGCAGAGGUUGACGUAUCAGGCUCAGCAGGAUGUUCCUGAUUCUAUUGCGGGGUUUCAGCCGGAUAUGGACCCGAGGUUGAGGGAGGUUUUGGAGGCGUUGGAGGAUGAGGCGUAUGUGGAUGAGGAAGGGGGGGAGGAUGUGCUGAAGGGGCUGGUGGAGGGGGAUGCGGAGGAGCUGGAUGAGUUGAGGGAUGUUUGGGAGGAGGAUGAGGAUGAGGAUGAGGGGUGGGAGUCGGAUUGUACGGUCAAGGCUGGGCCGGCGCAGAAGAAGCAGCAGCGGAGUCAAGAGGAGGAUCAGGUGCCGGAGCUGGUUGAUACUUCCAGGGAAGGUGAUCAAGAAGGCCCGUCGGAUGACUGGAUGGGAGAGUUUAAGAAGUUUAAGGAUGAUCAGAAGUCUGGUGCCGCGGCCCCGAAAAAGAAGGCGGUUGGGUGGGGGGCUACGCCGUCGGAGAUUCAGUCGUCGAUUUGGACCACCACUACCAAUGGCGGGAGGCAAAAGAAGAGGAAGGGCGCGUUGACGAACCCGUCGACCUACUCGAUGACUUCUUCGUCGAUAUACCGGACAGAGCAGCUCAACAUCUUGGAUAGAAGGUUUGAGAAGCUCGAGGAGGAGUACAACUAUGACGAGGACGACUUGGCGUCUGUGUCGGCCGUGUCCACCAUGUCGACUGUCCAGGGGACCACCAGGCAAGACUUUGACAGCAUGCUGGACGAGUUUUUGGGUGAGUAUGACGUGCGGGGGAAGAACAGAGUCAAGAAGGGCAAGUGGAAGAAUGGAGUGGCCGAGUUUGACGAGAUCAGGAAGGCGUUGGGGCCGCCGAUAAUUCCGGCCAAGUAUAGGACUGGGGGCAGAGGUGAAGAAAAGAAAGCGGAAGAGAAGAAACCAUAGAGUCUGUCCUAUCAGACCAGGAAGUAUUUCUUUUACAUAAAAAUCCGAUACCAUUGUUACAUUGCCUCCCCAAUAUCUAUCCCUGGUAUCUUUAACACCCCAUGAACCCAGCCAGAUUCACCAACCCCUCUUGCUCCCCAACCACCUCGUCGUCACUCUUCACCUCCUCCAGCAGCUUCUUGAUAACCUCAUGAUCCCUCACCUCCCAAAACGCCUUCACCCCCUCCACAAACCUCUCGGCAGCCAAGUCGACAUUCUCCUCCUCCUCGGCAGCAAAACAAAGCCUGAAGUACUCCCACCCUUCCCUCUCCUUGAUCUCGUCAUUCGCAGCGAAGAUUGCCCCCGUCGUGACCAAGACCUUGUAGUCCCCCCCCGUAAGCCAGACCAUCAACGCGGUUGACAAGGCAGACUUGAAAACGGGGAACAAAGGAUGUGAAAAGAAGUGCAUCCUCAACCAGAUGAACAUGCCCGCUCUCGGCCACGAAAAGUCGUACAACUUUACUUUCUUCACCACGGCCCAUGAGUGGGAGCGGGUUGGGGGGGUGGUGAUGAGGACGGAGCCGGAGUCGAGGAUGGUGCACAUUCUUGUCAUGCGGGUCUGGUAGCGGGUGCGGAGGCCGGAGAGCCAGGUUACGAAGCCGGACGGUUGCCAGCCUGAUGGUUGGGAGGGGGGCGGUGGGAGAAGAGGGAGAAGGAUGGGGUGGGGGAGGGGUGGGGGGGGGAGAUCAACAGUUUGGAGAUUAGAGCUUGGACGAAGCCGGAGGGUUGUUGGGUUGUCGCUUCGGUUAUUCGUUCGAAUCGCUCGAUGAGGGCGGGUUGGGCGGUUAUCCAGCCCAGACGGCAGCCUGGGGCUACUGUUUUUGAGAAGGUGUCUAGGCGGACGACACGGCCGUCGGUGUCGAGGGGGGUGAAAGAUGGCGUUAGGGAGUCGAGGAAGGGGAAGCCGGAGGAUGGAGUGGUGACUGUGGAAGGGGAGGAGCGAGGAGGGGGAGGCAGGCCACGGGAUUCGGCCUCGAGAGAGCUCGCUUCGGGGAAUUGGAGGUACCAGUAGGGCUCAUCUUCGAUGAUUAUCACGUCAUAUUUGCUGCAGAUGGCGUAGAUUUCCUUCUUGCGCUCGACCGAGAGGAGGAUACCGGUUGGGUUGUGGCCUAGGGUGACGGUAUACAUCAAGUGAGGGCGUUUCCCCUUGCUGCUGUCCCAGUUCGCGAGGACGUCUUCUAACCCCCCCGGGCCAGAGACUGCCAUCCCGGAUUCGUCGGUUUUGACGGGCACCAUUUGGACACCGAGGGGGGUGGCUUGGUUGGUGAUGUUGGUGUAGACGUAGGUUUCGCAGAGAAGGCCGGGACGGGAUGAGAUGGGGUCGGUGGUUCUCCAGGGGGUGACGAAGAGGUUGAGGGCUUUGGCAAACCCGUCAGUUGAGCCGCAGGUGAGGACUACUUCGGGGCCACCUUUGUAGGGGACGCCGGGGUGGAGGUGGUCGCGGGUGAACUGUCUGAUCCAGCCGAGGAGGGGGGGGUAGCCUUGGGCCAUGCCGUACUGCAGGGCGGUGGCUAGGUCGAUCUUUUGGAGGAGGUCCUUCUGAGUGGAAUCAUCAUGCGGGAUGGUGAUGUGGUUUGGUGCUGAAGGGUUUGAUGACCCGGAGGAAGGAGACCAUCUCUCAGGUUUGGCUGCCUGUGCCUCCAAGGUGUCGUAGGGGAAGAACUGGGCAUUGGGGAGACCUGGCGGUGCAGUUGAGUAUCACGAUUAUUAACAAGAGGAGACAUGAUAGAAUACAUACCACCAGCAAUGUUCAGAAUGCCAGGUAUCUGGAAGAACUUGUAGAUUGCCUUGAUCUUACUGGCAUUCCGGCUUUUAGUGGUGUCAGAGUAGUGGUGGGUGAAAUCGAG